AUGUCCACACAUAGUGAGCCUGACCCCAAUCGGGGACCCACGGAGACCGAGGCGCCCCGGAUCCGCAGCGUUGCGGGCUCAGAGCCGGCUGCUCCUCGCCUGCCCAAUUGGUUCGUGCGUGCUGUGCGUGCCAUGUUUGGGUAUCGCAAGACGUCGUUGACCUUCUUGGUCUUUGCCACGUUGCUCGCCACGGUCGUGCUUUCCGCGGCAGACAACUCGCUCGAAUAUACCGUGGACUUGCCCGCCGACGCAUUCGAAAGGGCCGUGCUCGACUAUUCGUGGUCUGUUCUCCAGGAGAUUGGCGCCCACGAACACACGUACACAUCGAGAAACAACGACAAGGUCCACGCCUUCUUGGAGAAGGAAAUCGUGGGUCUCACGGGGAGCUCGGCGUUCAUGGAGUACGACAAUGACCUCAACUACACGAACAACAUCAUGUUCGCCGUCAAGUAUCUCAACUACGACUCGGUGUCGUACUACGAGAGCAACAAUUUGUUGGUGCGUGUCAAUGGAACCGACGACUCCUUGCCUGCGCUUUUGCUCAGCUCUCACUAUGACUCCGUGCCAUCUGCGUUUGGAAUCACCGAUGACGGGAUGGGCGUGGCGUCCAUGAUGGGGCUCUUGAAGUACUUCGCCGCGGAAGGCACCCCACGGCCCAAGCGUACCAUCGUCUUCAACUUCAAUAACAACGAGGAGUUCGGGCUUUACGGAGCGCACUCGUUCCUCAAGCACCCUUGGUUUUCUCAGAUCCGCUACUUUUUGAACUUGGAAGGCACGGGGGCCGGAGGGAAGGCUAUUUUGUUCCGAGGCACCGACUACGGCAUCGUGAAACACUUCUCCUCCGUUAGAUAUCCGUUUGCCACUUCUUUGUUUCAGCAAGGUUUCAACAACAGACUCAUCCACAGCGAGACAGACUAUUCUGUCUACAAGGAUAAGGGCGGCAUCAGGGGCUUGGACUUGGCUUUCUACAAACCUAGAGAUCUCUACCACACGGCAGGUGACAAUAUCAAAAACGUCAACGUUAAGUCUUUGUGGCACAUGCUUUCCUCGGCCUUAGAUUUCACAGUCCACGUGGUGGAGGAUGAAAUCGACUUGGAUCGCUCGCCGCAGCCGGUGAAAUUCGACGAUUUCUCGGCGUACACAUCAUUCAUGAAUGUCUUCUUCGCUGCUCCAAUCUCGAAAAUUGUUGUUCUCAAUAUUGCGCUUCUUGUCGUGGCCCCCAUUAUAUCACUUCUUUUACUCAUCGUCAUUUUUAAUGGCCGCAAAGCCUGGAAUUUCAACUUUGUCAACGUUAUGAAAUUUCCUUUAUCCUUCGUUGUUUCCGUCGCUAUAUUAAGCUUUUGUUUUGAUGUGUUUGUCAUCCCAAACAAUGUUUUCUUGGCCAAUAACUCCAUCAUUAGCCUCGCUGCAACUUUAUUUGCUUCUUUUUUGUUGUUGAACUAUGCAAUUUUAAAUGGAAUUAAUGCUCUUUUAGGAAGCUGCAAAGGUCACCAACAUGACGAGAAACUCAUCGUUAUCCUCGAAACCAGCUCUCUAUACUGGGUGGCGUUGCUCUGGUCGACCAUCAAGCUCUCUAAAAAUAGAAUUGGCAAUGACCACACCGGAGAGUUUCUUGUCCCCGUUCUUUUUAUACUCCAUUCUUUUGCUGCCAUCCUUGGAUUGGUGGGCUGGAGUUUCAAAAAAUCACUUAAGAAACAACGCACCGGCAACCAUGAUGACCGCCAGCCUCUUUUGCACAAUGUCAGCGAACGGCAGUACGAGGCUGAGGGAGUAUGUGACAUACAUCAUGAGAAAUCAUUCUCAUAUGACUGGCUCAUCCAAUUCUUAAUCAUCGUACCUAUUUCUUCAUAUGCCAUUUACAACUCCGGCUUCUUGAUAUUGGAUGGAAUCAACAAAUCAAUUCAGGAGUCCCUUGCAGCUCAAGAAAUGAUCUACAAAUUCUUGAAAACAUUUGCUAUUGUCUGGUCUAUCCCUUUUUUGCCAUUCAUCUUUAAAGUCAACAAAAUAAUGGUUUUAGUUCUUUUUGUUGUACUUGUCCAUGGGCUUGUCAUGGUAGCUGUGAGAUCGCCUUUUGACCAAUCAAACCCUUUGAAACUAAGAUUCCUCGAGACAAUCGACUUGGAUACGAGCCCGCCUUCUAAUGAAAUUUCGGUAAGUGGUCGCCUGUCAUCUUUGGUUGAGUCAAUUCUCAGGGAUAUGCCAUCUUUUAAGGCUGAUAAAAGUAAUAUGACAACAACUGAUGUUGGUGAUGGUAUGCUGAUCUAUUCUUGGAACUCUCCUUUGCACCCACAUUUGAUGCCCAAUUUGAAACUGCCAGAUCAGCUUCUCUCCAUUGACGUGCUCAAGAACUCAUCCUCCAUAUCUGAUGCUCCUUUUGGUAUGCUCACAGGUGAAAUAAAAAUCAACGUGCCGAAAAACCGAAACUGCAAGGUGGAUUUCAAAAUCUCCGAUUCAUUAGUGAGGAUAAUGGACGGGCAGCAAUCACAGAAAUCUCACUCCCCUGUGAAGAGCGUGACAGUUUAUACCGAUAAAAAGCCCAACAACAAGACUAACUUUAUUAAAGGGGGGUUUGCUGAAAGCUUUUCGAAAGAUGCGAACGGCAACUACGUUUUUAAGGACUUUGAGGGAAUCAAUCAGCUUCAAUUGAACAAACUUGAUUGGGAUAAGCCUUAUCAUUUAGGUUUUCAAUGGAUUCCAGAUGUUGCAGAAAACUCGUAUCACAGCGAAAUCCUGAAAAUUGACGUCAAGAAAUUGGGAGUUUCAAUCGAGUGUUACUGGAGCGAGCUAGAGUAUGUCUUUUCCGGGCCUGGACUGAGCCUGGAAUCAGAAUUUUCAAUUCCCGCAUAUGAUGAGCUUCUACACUACAGCCCAAAUUAUGUGAGUUGGGCGAAUAAAGAUAGAGGACUCGUCUCUGUGAAGAAGUAUGUGGAGUUGUAG